AUGGAUGAUUCCUACAUGAUGGUUCCUAUGAGGAGAAAACGAUCACAGUGUGAUUUAGCCCAGAUGGUGCAAGCAAUUGAGGAAUAUGAUGGAAGUACGCAAUGUGAAAUUGAUAUAGAUGAGUGUGCUUCACAUCCCUGCAAAAAUGGAGCCACCUGCAUUGACCAACCUGGUAAUUACUUCUGCCAGCGUGUGCCUCCAUUUAAAGUGGUUGAUGGCUUUUCCUGCUUAUGCAGUCCAGGCUAUGUUGGGAUAAGAUGUGAACAGGACAUUGAUGACUGCAUCCUGAAUGCCUGUGAGCACAAUUCUACCUGCAAAGAUCUGCAUCUCAGCUACCAGUGUGUGUGCCUAUCUGAUUGGGAAGGAAAUUUUUGUGAACAAGAAUCCAAUGAGUGUAAAAUGAAUCCUUGCAAGAACAAUUCCACCUGUACUGACCUUUACAAAAGCUAUCGAUGUGAGUGUACAUCUGGAUGGACUGGACAGAACUGUAGUGAAGAAAUAAAUGAAUGCGACUCUGAUCCAUGCAUGAAUGGAGGUCUUUGUCAUGAAUCUACCAUCCCUGGACAAUUUGUAUGUCUGUGCCCACCCCUUUAUACUGGACAAUUUUGCCACCAACGCUAUAACCCUUGUGACCUACUUCAUAACCCUUGCAGAAACAACUCAACAUGCUUAGCUUUGGUAGACGCAAAUCAGCAUUGUAUUUGUAGAGAAGAAUUUGAAGGUAAAAACUGUGAAAUUGAUGUGAAAGAGUGCCUCUUCCUUUCCUGCCAGGAUUAUGGUGACUGUGAAGAUAUGGUCAACAAUUUCAGGUGUAUUUGCAGACCUGGGUUUUCUGGAUCUCUGUGUGAAAUUGAAAUUAAUGAAUGUUCCUCUGAACCUUGCAAAAAUAAUGGAACAUGUGUGGAUCUGACAAACAGAUUUUUUUGUAAUUGUGAACCUGAGUACCAUGGGCCCUUCUGUGAACUUGAUGUAAAUAAAUGUAAAAUCUCACCUUGUCUAGAUGAAGAAAAUUGUGUCUACAGGACUGAUGGAUACAACUGCUUCUGUGCCCCUGGUUAUACAGGUUCACUGGAAGAUAAGAAAUUAAAAGUGUACCACUUUCAGAAUUUACAGUUGAAUAUAGAAAAAAUAUUAUGA